UGGCGGUCCCACCCGGCUCCGCCCCGCGGCCCCGGCGCCAUAUAAACCCUCGCCCGCCGGCGCCUUGCCCGAGCUGCGCGGAGCGGAAGGGCGAAGGGCAGUCUGUUGCCAUGCUGCUGAACCCGGUGCUGGGGAAGCUGGUCAGCAAGCGGGUGGUGCUGGCCAGCGCCUCGCCGCGCCGGCAGGAGAUCCUCACCAACGUGGGCCUGCGGUUUGAGGUAGUUCCAUCCUGGUUUAAGGAGACACUUGAAAAGUCAUCGUUUGCAGCCCCUUAUGAGUAUGCUAUGGAAACAGCAAAACAGAAAGCUCUUGAAGUAGCAAACAGAAUGCAUGUAAAACACCUGAGAACACCUGAUGUUGUUAUAGGAGCAGACACUAUUGUGACUGUGGAUGACCAGAUCCUGGAGAAACCAGUUGAUAAGCAAGAUGCGUAUAGGAUGCUAUCAAGGUUGAGUGGGAAGGAGCACAGUGUUUUCACAGGAGUGGCUAUUAUACAUUGCAGCAGUAAAGAUAACCAGCUAGAGACAGAAGUCACUAACUUCUAUGAAGAGACUAAAGUAAAAUUUUCUGACCUGUCUGAGGAGCUUUUAUGGGAGUACAUUCAUAGUGGGGAGCCAAUGGACAAGGCUGGUGGAUAUGGAAUCCAGGCACUCGGUGGAAUGUUAGUUGAGUAUGUCCAUGGAGACUUCUUGAACGUGGUGGGAUUUCCUCUGAAUCACUUCUGCAAAAAGCUAGCAGAAUUGUACUAUCCGCCCCCUAAACAUAAUAUACAACAUAAAAAGUAUGACUCUAUCCCUUCUGUGGACACUUUUGAGAACCUAAGUGAUGGAGAAAGUGAAUCUUCAAAUUUCACAGAGCAUAAAGCUGCUAGUAAGUUGGACAACAGUGGGAUGUGUUCCUCAGGAACUAUUUACAAUUACGAAAACAGUUCUAGUGUCAAAACUGGUUUUAUGGUACCUUUGGAAAAUCAGAAUGGAGUGUCGGAAAGUGCAGCAAAACUUCCAUCUAAAAUUCUAGAGCUGAUGGAUGGUUUUAGAGCUUCAAAGGCACUGUUUGUAGCCUGUAAGCUGAAGAUAUUUGAUCAUCUGAAAGAUAAAGGUCCACUGAAAGCUGUGGAUAUUGCAAAUGAGAUUGGAACCUCUGUGUGUGGAACAGAAAGACUCCUUGAUGCAUGUGCUGCUCUUGGGUUAUUGGAGAAAACAUCAGAAGGUUACAGAAAUACAAAUUCAGCGAAUACCUACCUAACUUCAGAUGGUGCAUACUCGCUUCAUGGCUACAUUAUCCACUCUAAUGACCACGUUUGGCCUCUCUUUACACACUUGGAGUCCGCUGUCAAAGAAGGCAGCAGGCAGAACCAUCGGGCCUUUGGAAAGAAAGCAGAGGAUUUAUUUAAGGACUAUUAUCACAGCCAGGAGGUGAAACAACGUUUUAUGGCUGCCAUGCACAGCAUUGCCCACCUGACAGCAAGAGAUGUGGCUACAGCAUUUGAUCUUUCACAGUUUAAAUCCGCUUGUGAUUUAGGAGGUUGCACUGGAGCUCUGGCUCAUGAAUUAGUACAACUAUACCCAAAUCUCAAGGUCACAGUGUUUGAUCUUCCAGAAGUCAUUGCAAACAUCUCUUACUUUCAGCCUUCAGGACAAUGCACAGCUCCAGUGACGUUUGUGUCAGGUGACUUCUUCAAGGAUAAUAUUCCAGAAGCAGAUCUUUACAUUCUUUCACGUGUUCUUCAUGACUGGUCUGAUGAAAAGAUACAUGUGCUGUUAAGCAAGAUAUCAGCUGUUUGCAAAACAGGAAGUGCCUUGCUAUUGGCUGAAAUUGUGCUCGAUGAACAGAAGACACACCCUCCUAGAGCUGUACUACAGUCCCUCAGUAUGACUGAAGGCAAGCAGAGAAGUGGCUCAGAAUAUAAGCAGCUACUGGAGAAAUAUGGAUUCACAAAUGUAGAAGUUAAGAUCACAGGAAACUUACUAGAUGCUCUUUUGUGCUUCAAGAAGAAUCUGUCAUCAUAGUGUGCCCAGAAGCAAACUGGGAUGCUGAAUUUUUACAACACUUGUGCAAUUUACCUAUCAUCAACCACCACAUAUUGUCACUUUAGGAUCAUUUUGACCCUUUAUCAGAAGGCCUUGAAUAAUAGUUGGACUGCAGCUUCAGCAGGAGUGAGUUCUAUGCAUUUAAAAAGUGGGGCAGGCUAAAACUCCUAUGUAUUAAAUACCUACACGUCCAGUUAUUUUGGCUAGCUUACAGACCAUAUUAAGCUCAGACUUGACGUAGAUGUAUAGGAUGGCAAGUUAAAACUACAGGCUUUUAUGAGCCACAUUAAUACCUUUGUUUUCUUGAACUUUAAAAUUAAAGAGAAUUAUCUCUCUACAGUGUAUUCAGUGGUUACUUCUCAUUUUUACCAGAAAUGAAGAAGAAAAAAAAAACUACCAUCUGUCUGAAUUUGAGGAUGCUAGCCCUCUUUUUUCAUGUUUUUAUGGGGCUUUAAUAAAAAACAUCUCAAGGAUUCAAGGAUACCCUUUUUAAAGUACAUUUUUCACAGGCAAAAGUGAAAAUAGGACAAACCUCCACCAUCUUCCUACAGCAGCUAUAAUGUCAGAGAAACUUCAGCAGCCUCUGCCUUCCAGCCACAGAAUGUUCCCACACAGCCUGCAGUUGAGAGCUGUUCCUAUCAGUUUCAAGUUUUUCUGAAUGUGGUUAAAUGGCCAUAGAUGCUUUCUGUCAUGCAUGUGUGUAUGUAUAUAUGUAUAUAUAUAUAUAUAUAUGUGUGUGUGUGUAUACAUAUAUAUAUAUCCCAUAUCUUCAAGUAAUUUGUCACUGAUGUCACAUUUUCUAAUGUUUAUUUUUUCCUGAUACUUCAUUGAUAUUUAUUUUUUGUCUUUAAAGUGUAUUUUAUAGUGCAAGCCUUCCUGGAGAUUAAACUUACACUUUCAAACUCACUUUCUUCUCUAUCAGUUGUGAGUUUCUUGCCUGUCAUGCUUCUGCAGCAAUAAUCCCAAUAAAACAAUGUAAAAGAAGCCGUGCCUAUGCUGAAUCACCCACCUCAGGAAAUUAAAGGGAGUUGAUGGGCAAGGUAGAGAGUUGCAUCUGCCUGGUAGAUUGUGUCUUAUUUUACUUAAUCAGAAGUUACUUUGCUCUUUGAGCAGGGAGUAAAGCGGAAGUGCCACCGUGAUACAAUUCAUCAUGAGAAACAUGCUUACUACACAGCAUUGCAGCUGCACAAAAUCAGGGAAAUGUCAGAUUUUAAACACACUGGGGACUUUAAUUCUUAGCAGAAGGUUUUUAUGAAUGGAAAUUUGAUUGAUCUCAUUUGUAUAGACAUUUAGGGAGAUAACAGUUGGCACACCUGUAACUGUCAUGGACUUUAAAACUAUGCCUCUAAGUACUAUGUGUGAGACUGUAAAAUUUGAAUAGAAUGUACUCAGCUACCACACAACCUCAGCGUACUCUGUGAUUAAAGCACAACACUGUAUGCACACUAAGCAUUAGUCCUGUGGGCAUGGUGUCUGUGGUAAUGCACUGCAGCUUUGCACUCACAGGAUAAUUAAACAUUGGAGCAGGUUGCCCAGAGUGGUUGUAGAAUCUCUGUCCUUGGAGGCUGGUGGCCUCCUCCCUGCCCUGGGUCAAGACAAACCACCACAUAAGAUGCAAGGCCAAAAGACAAUGAGUAAAACAGUGCUUGUUUUGUCAGUAGCCCUCCCUUGGCUUCCCGUUUCCCCUCAUGGGUCUGAAGAUGAAGGAAGAGGCUGUAUGUAAACAGGAUCAUUUAAGUUCUGCUUGUAUCCCUAGGUCAGUCCCACCACAAAGACCUCAAUUCCUACAGAAAUAAUGUACAAUGUUGACUUUUGCACUCUUUCUGUAAUGUUCACUAUCCACUCUUUUGUCUGCUUGGCACAAUUUCAACAUGAAUGUGAAGCAGCAAUGUAUCCCAAAGAGAUGCAACUUUUAUUCCUGUCUUAACUGUUUUCUAUAACCCUCAAGCCAAUUCUACCAAAGUCAGCCCUUCUUCCCCUAAAUGCAGAGACGUGACUUGACUUGUGAGUGUUUGAUCCCUCUCUAGUGGGGAAGGGAAUUUCCUGGGUUUGUGAGAGGAGUGGGUUAUACAUUUAAUAGUGGAUUAGUCAUUUAAUAGGAGAGCAAAUCCAUACAUGAUAAAUGAAAUCACCUGUGUCUUUUACUUUGCACAUUUAUAUAUGGUAACAGAAAUUCUCUUGCCCUGAUAAUAGAUUAGUGUUGUUGCAUGUGUUUGUUUUUAAAUUAGGCUGUGGGGUUUUGCUGGCUGAAAUGGUAUUGGAUGAUGAGAAGAAGAACAGGAGCACAGCUCUGCUGCAGUCUUUGAACAUGCUUGUGCAGACAGAGGGAAAGGAGAGAAGUGGCUCUGAAUAUCGAGGCUUACUGGAACAACAUGGAUUCACAAAUGUCAAAAUCAGAUUGACAGGAAAUUUGUUAGAUGUCAUUCUCUGCAUUAAGACCUAGAAAAAAAUGGAUUUUUUAAAUAAAAUCUGGAUAUCUAUGGUCA